UAAUGUCAAGUGUAUUUCUAGAAAAUUUCUUCAAACAAAUUCACAAUUUCUCUAAGGAUAACUUAUUUUGUGAUGUAACGUUGAUAUCAUCAGAUGACCAAUGCAAAAUAAAUGCACAUAAAGUCGUGCUUGCUGGAGCCAGUAAAUAUUUUCUAGCAAUGUUUGGUGGAUCGUUUCGAGAAUCUAACGAAAAAGAAGUUAAACUCCAAAUCGAUAGUCAGUCAUUAAAAUUGGUCAUCAAUUAUAUUUACACGGCUACGAUUGGGCUUUCAACUUAUGAAGUUGUGGAAAUCUUAAAAACAGCACAUCUCUUCGAAUUGGAAACAUUGAAAAAUGAGUGUUGUGAUUUUAUGGGUAGACAUUUGAGUAUAUCGAAUUGUUUGGAAAUUGCAAGUCUUGCCGAUCAUUAUAAUCUAAAUAAUUUAUAUGAAAUAUCAGAAAACUAUAUUUGUGAUAAUUUUAAAGAAGUUCGAAAUAACGACGAUGACGAGUUUUUAAAUUUAAAUUGCGAUAUUUUAAAUAAAUUGAUCUCGAGUAAUAAGUUGCAACUGGAAUCUGAAGAAGAGGUAUUCAAUUGCAUUCAAUCUUGGGUGGAUCAUGACCCAGCUAAUCGAACAAUAGACUACGAUAGACUCCUUCAAAAUGUUCGUCUUCCAUUGAUAGAUCCCAUUUUCAUUAGUAAUGUCAUUCAAAAAGCUUGCAAGUCUAUGAAAUGCAAAAUGUUGAUCAAUAAAACGUUACAAUGGCAUUUAUUGCCAGAAUUACGUCCAGUUUUAUUCUCUGAAAAGCUAACUCAGCCGAGAUAUUCGAAAUACACUCUCCUCGCAAUAAGUGGAUGGGCUUCUGAAGAUAAUCAAGAUUUACUUUCGGUUGGAGAAUUCAGCUUCAGAACAAAUAAAUGGAGCUAUACAACUUGGCCAGCUCCUCCAACAGAAUUACGUCAUUUUAGUGCAAAUUUUGAAUACGUUUUGUUUAAAAAUUCUUUAGUCCUUGCAGGAGGAUAUGAUAAUAAUGAGAAUCCCUCAAAUAAAAUAAUUUAUUUUAAUUUAAAUAGUAAAACAUGGAAACAAACAUAUAGAAUGAAUAGGAUGAGGACCAAUUUUGUAUCCAGCCUUGGCCAGAUUUGCUUUACUUGGUUGUUAUUUCGGAUUUUGUAUAAUGGUUAA